AUGCAUCCCUCAUUCAUCUUGUCAAACAUUAUUCAUAAGUAUCAUGUCUUUGCCAAACCUGGUUCUGCAACCAGUGUUACUGUACAGCAAAAAGUCACCCUUCGCAAAAAAAAAAUGGAAUGGCCCUGGUGCCUUCCUCCCCUCACGCCUCGUUCAAUCUUCAAACGCAGAGAUCGUCCGAGAUUGUCCUGCCUGCUACACAAGAUAAUCAGACAUUGUGAAAACCAGGCACAAGGGAUCAGAAGAGGCAACCCUGGGCCAUUACCAAGUAAACAAGACCAAAGGGCGUUCCCCGCGCGGCGUGGAUGCCCAAGACUCGCCGUAAAUAGCACAACAGGUAUGAAAAUCCGGAGCCUUGCCCUCGGAAAAAAAAAGGAAAAGGGAAAGAGUAAAAGAAGAGACAAGGCUAAACCGGGAAGAAGGCUGGUAAAUCACAGAGGGAGGACAGGUUGA